UGUGCGAUGCUGCUUUAGAACAUGAAUCAGGUCUGGUGGGUAGGCAGACACUCGAUCUUUGAGUGCCUUUUGUGCAAAAAUGGCAGUUGAUUGGCCUGAUGUUCAGUUGAUGUCCAGUUGCAUAAAAUGGAGUCCCAAGUUCUGGCAGAAAGAUACCUACUGAGACUGACAUUGUAUGACACGGAGAACCUUCAUUCUGUCUCAGAUGGCUGCAUGGAUCUGUUGGUCCCCACUGAAACCAUAUCAGCACGGGUCACCAACCUUCAGGAGGCGGCCCUGACAAUCCACAGCGUCGUCUCCCUGGCCCGCAGCCUCCCGUACUUGCACUGCCGUGUCAUGGGCGACCCCUACAGGAUGAGGCAGGUUUAUCCCUCCUUUCUCCAAGUGGACAUCCUGCCCCCUAAUUACACACCCCCAGAAAGAAACACAAGCCUGCAGCUCCCUCAUGCCACCCCCAUGGAUGUGACCUCAGAGGGUAUCACGACCUCCCCCUCAGACUGGAUGCAGUGUGACGGCUCAUUUGUGCCACACUGCAGUGCCCCCUCAGGCGGAGAGUGGACCACUGUGAACUUCGGUGACCAGACCUGCUUCAGGUUCUGUGCCCCAGUCAGCUACAUGGAGAAUUAUGCUGACAUUGUGGGGAGAUGCACGCUCACCGACUACACGGCCUAUGGAGACUGCCUGUUCUCUGUGGUGGUGGACCUGCUCACCAAGGAGGAAGGUACUUAAUUUUCAAGUGAACGGAGAGAAAAAUACCAGAUGAUGCCAAAGACUUCCUGUGGAGAAAAACAAACAUGACACAUACUCCCUGAAUCACUUUCUUUUUAAUUUCCAAGGCAUCGAUAGGAAUGGCAAUUAAUAGGAGGAAAUGAAAAGAAGAAUCUCUUAAGGAAAACAGUGUAGCAAAAUGCUUUUUCUUCAGUUUUCAAUGAUCAAAAAAGAUAUUACAAGAGAUUUUUGCCACUCUAAGUGAACUAACAUUUUAAAAUGUUUACAUUUCAGUAUGUCCUCAUAAGGCCUCUGUUCAUACCCUGCCACCAACCUUUCUACAGCAAAACAGUAGUUUUGGUCAAUAGCUAGUAACAAAAUAGAGCUUGUUUUACUAUUGA